GUUUGUGUUUGGGUGCAGGUUGUAGCAAGGCGCAGAGUGGGGAAAAAAUAAGACUUUUUGAAGCUCUUUCCUCAGGACAAGCACAAGCUUUCUCCUUGACGUGGAAGAGCAGAACUGACCUUGCUGUUGCCUCCUCUUGCUGUCCAUUAGCUGUAGCCCAAGCACCCAAGUGUUUUGAAGACCUCCAGCCCUCUGUGUCUCCUCGCCUGUCGGAAUGUCUGGACGUGGAAAGAAACACGCAGUGGCUGGCAGCCCUAGAAGUGCCUUGAAGAAAAGCAAAUCAGCCAGGGCAGGUCUGCAGUUCCCUGUGGGCCGUGUCCAUAGGCUCCUGCAGAGAGGGAAGUACGCUGACAGGAUUGGCUCUGGCGCUGCCGUCUACCUGGCUGCAGUGAUGGAGUACGUGACAGCAGAGGUCCUGGAGCUGGCAGGCAACACUGCCCGUGACAACAGGAAGACAAGGAUCCUGCCCAGGCACAUUCAGCUGGCUGUGAGAAAUGAUGAGGAGCUGAACAAGCUCUUUGCCUGUGUGACCAUUCCUCAAGGUGGAGUUAUGCCAAAUAUCCUUUCUCAGCUCCUUCCGAAGAAAACUAGUGGAAGUGUUGCUGCUUCUCAAGACUAUGGUGGUAGCCAGUGAGACUUGCUUUUCCUGGUCUGAUCUGUGCAGCUAUGGAUGCUGGGGCUCAGUGCCACUAAUUUGUAUGUGUUUACUUCUUUGUCAAGUAUUUUGCCUGCCAAUUUUAAGGCAUUUUUAAAAUGUGUAAUAAAGUUUCUGGA